GGUAAUCUCUUGAUCUGUCCGUCAGUGAGUGGGUCAGAUUUUAUCAUUAACCUUGUGCUAAGGCACAGGACUAUAUUGUUUUAAGGCCUCAACACACACACGCACACACACACACAAAGAAUCCAUUCAUACAUACUUUUAAACACAAAUGUAUGCUUAAGAAGCUACAAACACACAAAUAUCUAUGAAUAUGCAACACUGACACUAACCCUCUCAUAAGAUACACAGGAAUGUGUUGUUAUUUUUUUAAUUAACACUCAAUGUCACUCUGUCCUUGAACCUCUGCAUCUAUUAGCAGCUCUCACUACGACUGAAGCUCUCUCUCUCUCUCUCUCUCUCCGUCUCUCUCUCUCUCUGUCUGUGUCUACAAGCCUGUUCCUGCUUGUUUACACAUGAACGUAUUUCCUACCUCUCGCCUUUCUUAUUUAUUGUAGCGCUGCAGCAUUAUGCAUUACCUUGCUAAGGGCUGCUCACACAGGUCAAAUCCACAAAUGAAUUCAGAGGUCCUGACAGCUCGCCAGUGAAACCUAACACAGGCUUUGUAUUUCUAACAAAGCCACGGGAGAAAUGGUUUACAUUCUGCCGUCUUCUUCAUCCCGUGAGACCUGCAGUAAGCACAACACUAAAAGCUUGAGGUGUUACAAUAGGGAAAGAAAAUAAUGAUGCUGGGUGCAAGUGUCAGAGUCAUACAGCGACGACCGACUAUGUUCUAGUGUUUUAGAAAGAUUAGAAAGGGAGGGAAGUGCAGGGAAAUAAUAAGAGCCACCAGGGGAGGUAGAGAGAAUUUAGCUGGAAGUAAAUUAGUGCAAGCAGAGGAGGAAGAGAGGAGAGGAGUGGGUGAGGGGGAGGGACAUAGUCUGUCCUUGGAUGUUCUUGACUGUGUGUGGGAGUCGUGGAACAGAUAGAGAGCAUAGAGACGAUGGUGUGAAUGUUCGGAGCGUGUGAAAGUUGGGAAAAUGUCGGUUAGCGAUGUCAUUUUUUGGGCCCUACGUGGUUGGGAUUGACGUAAACACAAGGUCACACGGUGACACAGAGGCAAACACACGGUUGAAAGAUGGAGACAGAAGAGAGUCAGCUGACGUGAAUGAAUCACAACAUUCAGUGUUUUUCUCACACUGCCGUCUUUGUCUCCUUUAGGUUAUUUUGCCUUUUCAAAUUCAUUUCCCUCAACCAAUUCAACUGUCUUUAUAAACAAUAGCUACAUACAAUAUGCAAUGAUGAUAUGACUCGUGAUAAAUGAACCAAUACUUACAGUAUACAAUAGUAAUGUCUCCUGCUUUGUGUGCGCUGCUUACAUACAAACAGAAAAACAUUAAAUGCAUCAUUUUCAUCCAGCAACAUAAUCCUAAUUGACUUUUUUAAUCACAUUCUGCAUGUUGAGUUGAGUCUAAAGCAACAUAUGUAAUACACUGCAAAUCCAGUGUAACAUGUGAACACAUUAUAUAAUGUUCAAAUAUUUAAUAUAGAGAUUUUUUUUUCUAUAUCACUUGGAUGUACAACAACAGCAGCUCUGUCACCACAGUGACAGCACACAGGUUGCCCUUGUGACUGUACUUGCUGGUUUUGAUGGAGUCUGGUUCCAGCUCCUGUUUGAUGAUGAUGGUGAUGGAUGAGUGUGUUGGUGUUAAUGUGUAGUGCAGCAGUGGUGGCUGUGGUGGAGGUAGUCUGCAGUGUAGGACAGGACAGGACAGGACAGGAGACAGGACAGGACAGGAGACAGAGCUGCUGCUACAUCAUGCUGAGGGCAACUGAUGAGAAACAGCUGUACGGCGAGUACAGGGAGCAGCUGGGGAACUUUGCCAGACGGGAGGCUGCCCGUUUGCUGACAGAGAGACAAUGGAGGAGGAGACAGGCGGGGGACAACGCCACGGCCUCGGGCCGCAGAGGCCUCGGCCGACGGCAUCCCCACCACCACCACCAUCCUCAUCAUCACCCUGUGACCCUGGAGUCAAUCCACAGCCACACUUCAUCCACCAAGAAGCCUCGUUCCUACUCCAAAUGCCAAGAUUGUUUGGCCCGUGUUCGGCGGUACAUCGUGAACAAGAUGGGGGAGGACUGGAUUUUCCUGGUUCUUCUGGGCCUGACUAUGGCUCUGGUCAGCUGGAGUAUGGACUAUGCCAGUGCCAAGAGUCUGCAAGCCUAUAAGUGGAUGCAUGGAGAGCUUAAGGGCAACGUGGCACUCCAGUACCUCGCCUGGGUUACGUACCCCAUGAUCCUUGUCAUGUUCGCCUCGCUCUUCUGUCACCUGGUUUCCCCACAGGCCAUCGGUUCUGGAAUCCCAGAGCUGAAAACAAUUCUUCGAGGUGUUGUCCUGAAGGAGUAUCUAACGCUGAAAGCCUUCGUAGCCAAAGUUGUCGGCCUGACUGCUGGCCUGGGCAGUGGCAUGCCAGUGGGCAAAGAGGGUCCAUUUGUCCACAUUGCCAGUAUCUGUGCUGCAGUGUUGAGCAGAUUCAUGUCCAUCUUCUCUGGAGUCUAUGAGAACCCUUAUGGUUACACAGAUAUACUGACUGUUGGCUGUGCUGUGGGAGUGGGAUGCUGUUUCGGCACUCCACUAGGAGGGGUGUUGUUCAGUAUUGAGGUCACGUCUACCUACUUUGCGGUGAGGAAUUACUGGCGGGGAUAUUUUGCCGCCACAUUCAGCGCCUUCAUAUUCAGGGUGCUCUCUGUUUGGAACAAGGAUGCUGUCACAAUCACAGCUCUCUUCAAAACUAACUUCAGGAUGGACUUUCCCUUUGACCUGCAGGAGCUGCCUGCGUUUGCAAUAAUAGGGAUCUCAUGUGGCUUCCUGGGGGCUUUCUUCGUCUAUCUGAACAGGCAGGUGGUUCUCUUCAUGAGAAGACCGACAGCUCUAACACGCUUCCUGACCAAACAUCGACUGAUUUAUCCAGGUGCUGUGACUCUGAUCAUCGCCACCCUGACGUUUCCUCCUGGAUUUGGACAGUUCAUGGCUGGAGAGCUGAUGCCCAGAGAGUGCAUCAACUCCCUGUUUGACAACUUCACCUGGACCAAAAUCUCAGGAUCUCCUUCCCCGCUUGGCCUGGGACUUUCCUCAGCGUGGCUGCAUCCUCACGUCAGCGUAUUUGUCAUCCUCGUCCUUUUCUUCAUCAUGAAGUUCUGGAUGUCAGCAGUUUCCACCACGAUGCCCAUUCCCUCAGGUGCCUUUAUGCCAGUGUUCAUAUUAGGAGCUGCUUUCGGUCGCCUCGUAGGAGAGAUCAUGGCCACACUAUUCCCUAACGGAAUCCUGUUUGAUGGGAUAGUCUACCGCAUCCUGCCGGGAGGUUACGCUGUCAUUGGAGCGGCUGCAAUGACAGGAGCUGUCACACAUACAGUUUCCACAGCAGUAAUCUGCUUCGAGCUGACAGGUCAAAUCUCCCACAUCUUACCCAUGAUGGUGGCAGUCAUCCUAGCGAACAUGGUGGCCCAGGGUCUGCAGCCGUCUCUCUAUGACUCCAUCAUCCAGGUGAAGAAGCUGCCCUACCUGCCUGAGCUGGCACUUGGGCACAUCAGCAAGUAUAACAUCUUUGUGGAAGACAUCAUGGUGCGCAGGGUGAAGUUCUUGUCUUCUCAGUCCACUUAUCGACAACUAAACCAUCUGCUUGAGAGCACAGCCCUGAAAACCAUCCCGCUGGUCGACUCCAGAGAAUCCAUGAUUCUUCUGGGCUCCAUAGAGAGAACAGAACUUCUGGCCAUCUUUGAUUGGUGGCUGUCACCAGAGAGGCGGAUCUUUGAAACAGGUCCCAGUUCACCGGGCCAGGGCUGCAAAGUGAGCUGGGAGUCCUUCACCUUUGUUGACGAGGAGGGCGGAGAGGAGAGUGCAGACAAGACCUCUCCAGUUCAGGAGGAAUGCAAUGGGCCGAUCCCGUCCCCGAAACCUCAAGAGGCCUCCAGCAACCACGCAGGCUCAGACCAGGGCAAGCUGCCAUCUGUCAGGAGAGCCCUUCAGAGACUCUUCUCCACAACGUCUUCAUCAGUCCAAGCUGAAACUCAGAACACCACGCCCCCUGCACUGACUGACACCAUGUCACCAGAGGAGAUCAAAGCCUGGGAAGAGGCAGAGCUGGACAAACCAAUCGAUAUGGAGCAGAUACGUAUAGAUCCCUCCCCAUUUCAGCUGGUGGAAAGAACAUCUCUGCACAAGACCCACACUCUGUUCUCUCUGCUGGGUCUCAGUCACGCCUAUGUCACCAGUAUUGGAAAGCUGGUGGGUGUCGUGGCUCUGAAGGAGCUGCAGAAGGCCAUAGAGGGCUCCACUCGUAGCGGGGUGAGACUUCGUCCCCCUUUCGCCAGCUUCAGAGACGCCAGCAGGAAAACCAAGAAGCACCAGCCUCCCUCGUCCACCCCUUCCUCCCCCACUAGAGACAAAGACAUGUGGGGGGAGGGGAGCAGACAUGAGGGGGAGAUGGUGAGGAAGGAGUCUGAAGAGGACCUUGGAGGGAAAGCCUCGUCUUCUAAAGCAGCCGUAGGUUGUGACACUGCUCCGUCCUCACCCAGCAACGAGGAGAGCAAUGGUGGCAGCUCCUCAGCCACGGGGGGAGACAGUGAGCCUCCUCAGGAGCCACUGUCCCCUUCUAUCACCUCCCCUACCUCAGAUUCACCUCCUGCCUCCCCCCUGUCACCCACCAAUCCUGUCCUCACGCUGUCUUCCUUGCAUGAGGCUGGAGACAGUGAGGAGUCAGAUGAGCCCAUAUAGGAGGACUGGGUUGAGAAGAAAAGACUCUUGUCUGAUUUCACUCACUUUGUCCCUGAGACAGAGCUGCUGUCUGGGUAGAGGAGUCGGCUCGACCUGCAGCCCUCACAGAACUCUCAGCUCUUAGCAGCAGGUGCACACAGCGCUCCUGACACUUGUAGUACAGGAUGUUUUUCUACUCUUACAACGAUCUCACUUUUUCACUCUCAGGUGUCUUCCUGUGUCUUCUGAACUGCAGAUGGACAAACAUAUCCAGUCCUACAUGUCAGUCACGUUAACACUGUCCAUCCAUAUCCUGGAAAUGUUGAAUGUAACUAUACGUCAUAUGUACUGCUGUCUGUCAUUUCAUUAACUGACAGCAAUGAAUUGUAUGAUAAUGAACUAAUACAUUGAUGAAGACUUAAUGAAUUUGACCGCAGGGUUAAAAACAAUCAUGCAUUUAAAGUUUACUGAUUGGAGAUCAUUUUAAAUUAUAACUUUUGCUGUAUAGUAAAUAUUCAAGUCAUUUUUAGAAAGAAUAACUAUUAAACCUGUCCACUAUAGCUUAUUUUAAUCAUUCAUAUUACAAAUGAUGACGAGCAACAUGCUGACAUUUACUUAUUGGCAUUGAACACAAAGUACUGAGACUGAUGGUAAGUAGAGGGAAAGUUAAGGAGUGGAGGGUGUGAGUUACUUGUGUGGGUUAGUUAGUUUUAGAGUAAACAGUGGUGAACGUUCUUCCUGUUUGGAGAGAGAUAUGAUACAACUGGAACAUAAGUUACGCAUUAUUUUGAUUUGAAUGAGAACAUCUGAGAAAAGCCCUGUAAAAAAAAAAAAAAGGUCUACCUGCUAUAUCUGGAAAACAUUCAGUGGUUUACUGGGCUGUCAGACGUGUGCCUGUGCAUGUGGGAAUAUGUUGAGAAAAUCAAGUGCUAAGAAAAUGGUUGUCUGACAGCAUUUCAAACCUUCAAACCAAAUAUUCCAAAUACAGCACAUAGACAGGAUGUUUUAUUUAAGCUGGGCUUCGACAACAUGUUCUCACUGCUGUUCCUGUUCACAUCAGAACAACACGCACAUCAUGGUCCAGUUCUCCCUCUGCAAACACACUCACUCUACUCUCACACACCUUUCUUUAUGUCUUUAUUGAAGUGAAAUGGAAGAUUCUUUAAGGAUGUUGAUUCAAAAUGACUUCAGCCACGUGUGAAUGGUAGGGUCUAUUGAAUUUGGCUCAGUUGCUUGACAACAAUAGCAGCCAGAAGAGGGAUCGCAGCAGUGGCCAAUCAAUUACAUGCAAAUUCACAUCCCUGAAAAAUGAAUUUGUGAAGUGAAUGCUGUAUUUCUACUGUUGUUCUUGCAAUUGUUGCGGCGAUAAAAUAACUGUCUUUCAAAGAGGUGGAGGUCUGUGGCCUCACUGCCAGGGUCAUCCAUUGAAAUUAUAAUUCAGGAUAUGUUUCUUUCUCCUUCUUCUAUUUUUACAAAAGGCUUCAGAUACAGCAAAUAAAAAGUAAGUUUUCA